AUGGGGGAUGGAGAUGAAAUCCCUAUCAGAAUCACCAAUGUAGAAUUGGCUAAGAUAGUCAAAGAGCAAAUGGCAGAGAGUAGGGCUGUCAGAGAGGAGAAUAGGGCAAUGAAGAGAGAGUUAGAUAAGUUGAAAGGCCAAGUGAGGAGAGGAAGCCAAGAAGAGUCAGAAGAAGAAGAGGAAGAGCAAGAUCCAGCCGGUCAAGCAAAUAUUCCGGAGGAUCAAAAGGCAAUCCUUGCAGCCCUAGAGAGGGUAGGAGUAAAGGAUAGGAAUGAUAUUCCUUUGUUCCAUGGCAAAUUGGAACCAAAAGAAUGCAUGGAUUGGAUAGAAGCUUUGGAGAAUUAUUUUGAGUGUGAGGUAGUACUUCCAAGCCAAAGGGUGAAGUUGGCAAAGUCAAAAUUGAAGGGGCCAGCCCUUAGUUGGUGGAAUUUUCUACAAAAUGAGAGAUUGGAAGAGGGAAAGGAGGUCAUUUCCACUUGGACCAAAAUGAAGGCAGAAUUGAAAAGACAGUUUGUACCGGAUGAUUAUGAAGUGACCCUUCAUAAGAAGCUUCAAAAUUUGAAGCAAAAAGAUCUUGAUGUGAGUACCUAUACUCAAGAAUUUCACAAUUUGACCUUGAAGGCCAAAAUGUUUGAAACUGAAAAACAAAAACUUGCAAGGUAUAUCAAUGGAUUGAAAUAUAGCAUCCAAGAUGAAUUGACAUUGGUUAGUGUGGAAUCAGUCCACAAAUGUUUUCAGCUUGCCCUCAAGAUUGAGGAAAAACAAAAAAGAAGAGGAGAACAAAGUAAGGGAAGAGGAAACUCAUUCCGUGGAAGAGGUAGGUUCAAUGGGAGAGGAACUUUUCUUAAGUCCCAAGGUGAAAGCAGCAAUCAAAGUGCUGAUAAUGAUGCUGGUGGUAGAGGUUCAUUCAGAGGAAGAGGGUCAAAUAAUGGCAGGGGAAGAUCAAGAGGAAGAGGCCCUAAUGUGUUCACCAGAAGAUGCUUCUCAUGCAACCAAGUUGGGCAUCAAUCUUUCAGAUGUCCACAAAAGAAUGACAGCAGCAAUCAAGGAGAUAGAAGGGUACAAUUGAUUCACGAAGAGGAUUGCCAAAGCAAUUCAUCAUACCAUACAGUUUCAUCCAAGCAUGCUGAUCCAGUACAAGGAGAAACUCUUAUGUUCAAUAGAUUGCUAUUGGUACCACUCAAUAAGGAGCCAGCACAAAGGAAAUCUCUAUUCCGGACUACUUGCAAAGCAAAAGGUAAAGUCUGUAAGGUAAUUGUUGAUUCCGGCUCUACUGAAAAUCUAGUUUCUUUGGAAAUGGUAACCAAGUUAAAUUUGAAAAGGCUUCCACAUCCUACUCCCUAUAAAGUUUCUUGGUUGAAUAAGGAGCAGCAAACUAUUGUGAAUGAACAAUGCUUGGUAGAAUUUGAAAUUGGAAGACCAUGGCAAUAUGAUACUAAUGCCCAGCAUGAUGGGAAAACCAAUGUGUUCAAUAUAACUAAGGAUGGAGAAAAUUUCAUAAUGACACCUUUACCGGAUGUUGCAAAUAAUUCAAUCUUGCAAAGUAGUGUUAUGGUUGUCAAAGAAAAAGAGUUUUUAGAAGGUCUUAAGGAAGAGAAUCCUCCAUGCUUUGCUGUUGUAAUCAGACCUAAGGAAACUAAUUAUGAGGGCAGGGAAUUGAAUCUAGAAGCCAAGGAAAGUACUUGUCCUAAGGUUGUAUUUGAUUUGCUGAAUAAGUAUGAUGGUAUUAUUGCUGAUAGUGCUAAUGAGUCUCUUCCACCAAAGAGGUCAAUCAGCCAUUGUAUUGAUUUGAUUCCAGGUGCUACAUUACCAAAUAAAGCAGCCUAUAAACUAACUCCCGAACAAAAUGCUGAAGUUGCACGACAAAUCCAAGGAUUGUUAGAAAAGGGUUACAUACGGAAAAGUAUCAGCCCAUGUGUUGUCCCAGCAGUCCUUGCUCCUAAGAAAGAAGGAACUUGGAGGUUAUGUACAAAUUCUCAUGCCAUUAAUAAGAUUACUAUUAGAUACCAGUUUCCCAUGCCUAGGAUAGAGGAUCUCAUGGAUUGUUUAGGUGGUGCUAAAUAUUAUUCAAAGAUUGAUCUUAAAAGUGGUUAUCAUCAAAUCCGGAUACGUGAAGGGGACGAAUGGAAAACCGCUUUCAAAACUAAUGAGGGUUUGUUUGAAUGGAUAGUUAUGCCUUUUGGUUUAUCCAAUGCUCCUAGUACUUUCAUGUGUUUAAUGAAUGAAGUGCUGAAACCUUUUCUUCAUCAAUUUGUUAUUGUAUAUUUGGAUGAUAUUCUGAUUUUUAGUGGCAGCAAAGAGGAGCAUUUACAACAUUUGGAUCAGGUCUUGAGGAAGCUUCAUGAAGAAGGCUUGAGGAUAAACUUAGAGAAGUGUUCCUUCAUGCAAGAAGAACUUGUGUUCUUGGGUUUUGUAAUUUCAAAAGGCAGUCUGAAAAUGGAUCCUUCAAAGGUAGACGCCAUCCUAAAUUGGCCAGCACCUACUAUAGCCAUGGAGGUAAAAAGUUUUCAUGGUUUAUGCAGUUUCUAUAGAAAGUUUAUUAGAAACUUUAGUGGUAUUUGUGCUCCACUUAUUGAUACUAUUAAAGGUGGCAGAAAAUGUGUUUUCCAAUGGACUAAAGAGGCCAAUGAAUCUUUUGAAUUACUGAAAAGGAAAAUAUCCGAACAGCCAGUACUUGUUUUACCGGAUUUUUAUAAGGUUUUUGUUGUUGAAUGUGAUGCUAGCAAUAAGGCUAUUGGUGGGUCAUUAAGAAAAUGGAGGCAUUAUCUUUUACCAAAAGAGUUCAUUGUUUUUACGGAUAACCAUGCACUUAGUUUUCUGAAUAGACAAGAGAAACUAAACCAUAGACAUGUCAAGUGGAUGGAGUUUUUGCAGGCCUAUACUUUCAGCAUUAAACAUAAGAAAGGGGUUACUAAUAAGGUGGCGGAUGCUUUGAGUAGAAGGACACUUGCCAUUCAGUCUAUGCAAUUGGAAAGUGCUGGUUUAGAAGCUAUGGCAUCCAUGUAUGCUACGGAUGAAGAUUUCAAGGAAAUUUAUCAGACUGAGGUCAUCAAUAGGUCUCUUGGUAAUCUUUUGAGGUGCUUGACACAAGAACAUGGUACAAGUUGGGAUUCAGUUUUGGCUCAAGCUGAGUUCUCCUAUAAUGAUUCAGUGAAUCGUAGUACCGGGAAAACUCCAUUUCAGAUUGUGUAUGGUAUUCAUCCACGGGGCAUUUUGGAAUUAAGGGAUGUUAAUUGUUUGGAAAAGCCCAGUGCUUUGGCUGAUGAUUUUGUUAAUGUUAUGAAGGAUAUUCAGGAUCAGGUUAAGAAAGAAAGGCUACCUCAGGGCCAUUAUAUGAAGCUUAUGGAAAAAAAGAUUGGACCUUUUAAAAUUCUCAAACGCAGUGGUCCUAAUGCCUAUCAUGUUGAUCUUCCUCCGGAUAUUCAUUUAUCACCUAUCUUUAAUGUUGCUGAUCUAUAUUUGUAUAAAGGUCCUGUUGAUAAUUCUGUGACUGCAGGUGCUGCUGAUUCUCUUGUUGAUGCACAGCUUUCAACUCUUCCUAAGUGGAAAUCCAGACUAGUUGAAGAUGCUACAUGGCUGUCUACUGCCGCUCUUGAGAAGUUGGGUUUUUCUGUUCCAGCAGUCCCAACUCAAGGGACUUGA